AUGGGGUCCAGUCAAGGGAGUCAACACAGGAAGGGCUCAAGACAAGACAUGGAGGAUCAAAACCCCUCAGAGGAAAUGAUCUGGCCUCAGACGCUGCGCCACAUGUUUCUAAAUGACAGGUUAUAUAAACUGGUGCCAUUCCUGCUCCGCAAGUACCAAAAGAAGGAGCAGGUCACCAUGGAAGAAAUGCUGCACAUCGUGGACCGUGAUUACCGUGAGCAUUUCCCUGUGAUCUUCAGGGACUUCUGUGAGUGCAUGUGUGCGGGCUUUGGCAUUGAUGUGAAGGAAGUGGAUGCCCCUGGUCAUGCAUAUGAGCUUGUGCCCUUAUUGGGCCUCACUUAUAAGGGAUUACUGAAUGAUGAUUCUGAGAGCUUUCUUCAAAUCAGUGUCCUGAUAGUCAUCCUGACGGUCAUCUUCAUCAAAGGCAACACUGCCAGUGAGGAGGAGAUAGCAGAAGUACUGAGAAUGAGGAAGAUCUUAGCUCAGAGGGAUAAUAUUGCAAUUGGGGAGCCCUGGAAAUUCAUCACUGUGGAUUUGGUACGGGAACGGUACCUGGAAUACCAGCAGAUUCCUAAUAGUUAUCCUGAUCGCUAUGAGUUCCUGUGGGGUCCAAGGGCCCAUGCUGAAACCAGCAAGAUGAAACUCCUAGAGCAUUUGGCCAGGCUUCAUAGGAGAGAUCCCAAGUCUUACCCAAUUCUGUAUGAUGAGGCUUGGAGAGAGGAACAAGAUAGGGUCAGGGCCCCUGAACUGGGAAGCUGGUCUCCAUGGUCCUGGAGUUUUCCAAAACUACAUCAGUAG